GCCCCCUAGCGGUAACCUAUCUUGUUUACAGGAGCGCCAACAGAAGUGCGCUUAUGAAACCAAAGCAAAGCGGUAACGCCGUUAACCCAAAUUAUCAGAGGAGAACUUGGAACAACCGCGAAUGGGUUUGGACAAGUUCUGCAGUGCGGACGGUUCCGACCCGUUUUGGGAUUGGAACCGUACGUGGCACGUGGGUAACCCAGAUCUGACCCAGUGCUUUCAGAACACAGUGCUGGUAUGGGUCCCCUGUCUCUACCUCUGGGUCUGUGCCCCGAUCUAUUUCCUGUACCUCAAAAGCCACGACCGGGGCUACAUAUGCAUGACCCACCUCAACAGAGCCAAAACCGCAGUAGGUUUUCUCCUGUGGAUCGUCUGCUGGGCAGAUGUGUUUUACUCUUUCUGGGAAAGAAGCCAACAUGACAGCGGUGCCUCCUCCUCCUCCACCCAGGCACCUGUUUAUCUGGUUAGCCCCACCAUGCUCGGCAUCACUAUGCUGCUAGCCACCCUCCUGACUCAGUAUGAGAGGUUAAAAGGAGUCCAGUCUUCAGGGGUGAUGCUCAACUUCUGGCUGGUGGCCGUCCUCUGUGCUACCGUCACAUUCAGAUCCAAGAUCAUACAAGCCAUCAACGAGCCGUGGACGGUGUGUGUGUUCAGAUACACAACCUUCUACAUCUACUACACACUGCUGCUCAUCUCUCUGCUCCUGGCAGCCCUCUCAGACCAGCCUCCUCUCUUCUCAGAGGCAUCCAAAGACGCUAAUCCCUGUCCUGAGAUCGGAGCUUCCUUUCUGUCCAGAAUCAGCUUCUGGUGGAUCACUGGACCGGAGGAGAAGACUCUGUACUCUCCUAAGAAAGCUCCUCGGGGAGAGAGGAAGGAGGGUGUCCCCGUAGAGGAGUCAGAGAUCCUGAUUAUGAAGACACCCAGAAGACGAGAGAACCUCUCUGUUCUGGGCCCUCUGUCUCACCUUCGACCCUACUUCCUCAUCUCUUCUCUCUACAAGAUCAUCCAGGACAUUCUCAUGUUCGUGGGGCCGAAUAUACUCAGGUACCGGGAUGUUCAAAUAAACCUGAACCUGAACCUAAAGGUGUUGAAGCUGUAUGCGUGGGAGCUGGCCUUCAAAGACAAGGUGUCAGCCAUCAGAGAGAGCGAGCUCCGUGUCCUCAAGAAGGCUGCUUACCUGGGGGCAAUAUCCACCUUCACCUGGGUCUGUGCUCCCUUUCUGGUGGCGCUGUCUACGUUCACAGUGUAUGUGAUGAUAGAUGAGAGGAACGUGCUGGAUGCUCAGAAGGCAUUUGUGUCUCUGGCUCUGUUCAACAUCCUGCGUUUCCCCCUCAACAUGCUGCCGAUGGUCAUCAGCAGCAUGGUCCAGGCCAGUGUUUCUAUGAAACGUCUGUGUGUGUUUCUGUCUCAUGAGGAGCUGCAGGAGGACAGUGUGGAGCGCAUGGCUGUAGCAGGCUGCUCAGACAGUAUCUCCAUUGAGGACGGGGUGUUCAGCUGGUGUAGAAACGAUGCCCCCACUCUGAAGAGGUUGAGUGUACGUAUCCCAGAUGGGUCUCUGGUAGCUGUGGUGGGACACGUUGGCUCAGGGAAAUCCUCUCUGCUCUCUGCUCUGCUGGGGGAGAUGGAGAAACUAGAGGGAUCUGUCUCUGUCAAGGGCUCUGUGGCCUAUGUACCUCAGCAGGCGUGGAUCCAGAAUGCCACCCUGAAAGACAACAUAGUGUUUGGUCAGGAGAGGAAGGAGAGCUGGUACCACAGAGUGGUGGAGGCCUGCGCCCUGCUGCCAGACCUGGAGAUCCUGCCUGCUGGAGACGGCACUGAGAUCGGGGAGAAGGGUGUGAACCUGUCAGGGGGUCAGAAGCAGAGGGUCAGUCUGGCCAGGGCGGUCUACUGCGACUGUGCUGUCUAUCUAUUGGACGAUCCUCUGUCGGCGGUCGACGCCCACGUGGGCAAACACAUCUUCGAGAAGGUUGUCGGGCCCCAGGGAGUCCUCAAGGACAGGACUCGGGUCCUGGUGACCCACGGUCUGAGCUUCCUGCCCCAGGCAGAUCUGAUCCUGGUGAUGGUGGAGGGAGAGAUCACUGAGAGGGGCUCCUACCUGGAGCUGAUGGCACGGGACGGGGCCUUCGCUGAGUUCCUCAGGACUUACGCCAACAAAGAGCAGGAAGAUGACGAAUCAGAAGAGGGGAGGGAGGAGGAGGAGGAUACUGAAGACUCUGCACCAAAGAGAGGACUGGAGAAUGGACUUCCUGCUGCUGUGAUUGGUCAGAACCAUACCAGUACAUCAGCAGUGAGGACAGAAGGAGAAGUCCUGGGGAAGAAGGCCAAGAACGCUGAGGUGGGGAGAAUCACAGAGGCUGACAAGGCCAACACCGGGCGGGUGAAGUUGUCAGUAUUCUGGGAGUAUAUGAAGGCUAUAGGGGUGGUGUUGUCCUGCGUCAGUAUCUUCCUGUUCUUCAGUCACCACUUCGCCUCUCUCUUCUCUAACUACUGGCUCAGUCUGUGGACUGACGACCCAGUCGUCAACGGAACCCAGCCCAGCAGAGAGAUGAGACUGGGGGUGUACGGAGCUCUGGGGGCCUCACAGGGCAUAGCUGUGUUCUGCUACUCCAUCUCUGUCUCUAUCGGUGGUAUAUUAGCAUCACGCUACCUCCACCAGUCCAUGCUGUACAACGUACUGCGCUCCCCCAUGUCCUUCUUUGAGCGCACCCCCAGCGGUAACCUGGUGAACCGUUUCUCCAAGGAGACAGACACCAUUGACUCUAUCAUCCCAAGUAUCAUUAAGAUGUUCAUGGGCUCCAUGUUCAACGUAGUAGGAUCCUGUGUGGUCAUACUGAUCGCUACUCCACUAGUGGCUAUUAUCAUACCUCCUCUGGGGAUACUCUACUUCUUUGUCCAGCGUUUCUACGUGGCGUCGUCUCGUCAGUUGAAGCGUCUGGAGUCGGUCAGUCGCUCCCCGGUCUACACACACUUCAACGAGACGUUGCUAGGCGCCAGCGUCAUCCGAGCCUUUGGGGAGCAGGAACGCUUCAUCAGGGAGAGUGACGGUCGAGUUGACCACAACCAGAAAGCAUACUACCCCAGCAUCGUAGCCAACCGGUGGCUGGCGGUGCGUCUGGAGUUUGUAGGGAACUGUAUCGUAAUGUUUGCUGCUCUGUUUGCUGUGAUGGCUAGAGAGAGCCUCAGCCCUGGGAUCAUGGGCCUGUCCAUUUCAUACGCACUACAGCUGACGGCCUCUCUGACCUGGCUAGUGAGGAUGUCUUCAGAUCUGGAAACCAACAUUGUGGCCGUGGAGAGAGUCAAGGAGUACGAAGACACAGAGAAAGAGGCGGACUGGAGACAUGACCAAUCGUCUCUGCCUCCAGGCUGGCCCACAGCAGGCAACAUAGACAUCAGAGGGUUUGGUCUGCGAUACAGAGAGGACCAGGAACUGGCAGUACGCAACAUCACCGUAGCCAUCCACGGAGGAGAGAAGGUGGGUAUAGUAGGUCGUACAGGAGCAGGGAAGUCCUCUCUGACUCUAGGAUUGUUCCGCAUCAUCGAGGCGUGUGAGGGAGAGAUUCAUAUCGAUGGAGUUAACAUCGCUACGCUGGGUCUCCAUGAACUCCGCUCCAGGAUCACCAUCAUACCACAGGAUCCAGUGUUGUUCUCUGGGUCUCUGAGGAUGAAUCUGGACCCCUUCGAUGGCUACUCUGAUGAGGAGGUGUGGAGAGCCCUGGAGCUCUCCCAUCUCAAGAGCUUUGUGUCGGGCCUGCCGGACAAACUCAACCACGAGUGUUCAGAGGGAGGAGAGAACCUCAGUCUGGGUCAGCGCCAGCUGGUGUGUCUGGCCCGAGCCCUCCUGAGGAAGACGAAGAUCUUGGUUCUGGAUGAGGCCACGGCUGCUGUGGACCUGGAGACAGACAACCUGAUCCAGUCCACCAUCAGAACCCAGUUUGAUGACUGCACUGUCCUGACCAUCGCACACAGACUCAAUACUAUCAUGGACUACACCAGAGUGCUGGUCCUGGAUAAAGGGGAGAUGGCAGAGUUUGACUCUCCCUCCACUCUCAUCACCAAGAGAGGAAUCUUCUACAAGAUGGCUAAAGACUCUGGACUGGUCUGAGUGGGCGAACGGGAGAGGACAGGUUGCUUAAAGACAACAUCCCUCCUUACAGAGAACUCCUCCUCCAACCCCCUCUUCCUCUCCUCCGAUCGGGAGGCUGUGCAGGGAAGAGGUAGCAGAGAGCGAGAGAGGAGAUUUAUAAGGAUUUCAAUGAUUUCAAAGUGUGUAUAAAUUAUGGGAGCACUCUACCUCCACUCCUUCCUCCCUCUACUUCUCCCUCCAUCCCUCCCUCUACUUCUCCCUCCAUCCCUCCCUCUACUUCUCCCUCCAUCCAUCCAUCCAUCC